GAGGAAAAGGAAACUUUCACAAACAUGUUAAAUAGUUUGAACUCUGACGCUUCAACCCCCCAAUCAAUUGGAAACACGGUGGAGGACACAUUACGAAAGAGAGGUUACAAUUCAAAUCUUGGUACAAACUUUGCUCAAGAAAUGGCAGGGCAAAGCACAUAUCUCAAGUUUUUUGACGACAUGACAACGCGUGUCUCAUCUGCAAAAAAGUACAGAGAUGUUUGGCUACAACCAAUCAAAUCCUGGAUUGACGACAAAAUGGAAAAACGUUCUGCAUGGUACGAUUUCAUCUCCUCCAUGAAAAACGAGCUUAGUGGGUAUGAAUUCCAUCGGAAAAAGAAACCAAUGAGUGAAAUUGGGAGCAUUCCAUCUGCAAUAGAUAUCGCAUUCCUUGAGAGGAUUGGGCUCACAACGAUGAGCAAUAGUUACAAAGAUAUUUUAAGAAAUAGUCAAUCACUCAUCAAUGCCAGAGAUGAAGAAACAUUCCACGACAUUCUUAAAGAAACAUUGGAAGAAACCGUGGUCACUUGCGACGGAAACAAGAUGACUGUCACAGGAACGUUCGUCAAAGCCUCUGAAUUCAUGACAAAUGAUCUAUUCAAUUGCGGAAGUUCGACCAAUGUCGUCUUGGUUUUUGCUCGAAGGAAGAUUUUCAUGGACAUGGGCAUUUCCUCAAAUCAUAGGACCAUUCCUGAAUUGUACUUCAUUUCCCCGCACUACGAAAUUGUUAAAGGGUCCGGUUCGGUCAGAAUUAGUUUGGACGGGGAAUCUGCGCCUGAGCUUGGUCCUAGCGAAAAGAAAGCUGCAGAUGGGUCACCUGGCGGUCAUGAUGGUCAAAGGGGACAACCAGGACGGGCUGGAAUUUCAGGAGGACGCUUUGUUGGCAUAACGGAUGAAGCAGUGGGCGGCACUCUGUACGUUACAGCGAACGGUGGGCGUGGAAGUGGGGGGCAGGCUGGGGGAUCUGGGACGGAAGGUACCAAAGGGGGUGAUCAUUAUUACGCGGAAUUUCCAACAUGCCAGAGGGGUGCAGGAGGACUUCGCAAUUAUUGCAGCCAAGUAACAAACGGCUGGGCAGUUGGUUACGAGUAUUGGUGUUACAAGUAUGGUGACCCUGGAUCCAAUGGUGGAAAUGGUGGUGCGGGUGGCAAGUCUGGAGGUGGGGGUUUUCAAGGGGAGGUUCAAGUCAUUAAUGCUGCCGGUGGGAAUGCACUCCCCGUUACCACAGAAGCAAGACAAGGAAACGAUGGAGAAGAUGGGAACGGAGGUAGCGGUGGUGAAGGAGGCCUACGUGGAGUGGGUACUUCGGCUUUUAUGUAUACAGAUGGUGGGUUAAUUUGUGGCUAUAAGAACAUCAAUAGUAGCCCUUCAACAGAACGUUCUAGACAUGGCGAUACCGGAGCCAAGGGAGGAAACAGAGAUGGAGGAAAUUGGCAACCUGCGAGACAAAACUUUGUAACGGAUGCGAAAUCCGUGGCGAAUCAGUUUGUUACAUAUGCAAAAGAUAAGUUGGUAGGGACUUGGGGCAAUGAUUUUGUCAAUCAAGUCGCAGGUCUUAAUUUGUAAUCUUAAUCCAUGCAUUCUUCUUCAAACUUAAUUUGUAAGUUGAAUGUUAAACUUAAUAGCAUUUUUUUGCAAAUCAUUUGAUGUGUAAGGUAUUGAGUGCUACCUAUGAUAUAUUUGAAUUAAUUGAGAUUAAUAAUUUGAAUUGGCUUUGAAAUUAAAUAAUGAAUCAUAAAUGACGUAGGGAUUAAAAAAUAAAGUAAACUAUCGAAAAAA